AGCCGCCCCCCCGCCCCCCAGACUACAACUCCCAGCAGCCCCCGCGGCCCCGCUUUCCCCACGUGACACUACCGGGAAGGAAGCGCGGCCCUGCGGUGGCGGCGGAGCCUGGGAGCGCGGGCAUGGUGUCCGGCAAGCAGCUGGCUGACUUCGGCUACAAGGCGUUCUCCGGCUCCAUGAUGCUGCUGACGGUGUACGGCGGGUACCUGUGCGGCGUCCGCGCCUACCGCCUGCUGCAGCGCCGCCGGGAGCGGGAGGCGGCGGCGGCGGCGGCGAGGCCCGAGAGCUGAGGGAAGGGGGGGCUCAGGCCGUGGAUCCCCCCCCCCCCC